AUGACGCUAGUUUCGGCUAUCCUUUCUCCUGUAAUCAGCAUUUUUUCGAUCGUCUAUUCACAUAUUCUUAUAAUUUUCUGCACGUUGUUGAUCUCUGGUUUAUUGGCGUUUCUCGUUUCAUACUACUUCUAUGGUUAUGCCCCAAUUUCUCCCAGCAGAGCUAAUUCAUCAGACAGUUCACCAACAAGAAGAAUCAAAGACAGGAGAUCCUCUACAAUCCAUGAGAGCGAUGAAGACCUUCCCGGUACAACAAAAGCGGCUAAGCCGGACGUCAUCGAAUUACGUCGAAUGAGGAAACGAGACUGGGCAAAGAAAAUCUACAAAAGUCUACUGAAGAAUGAUUCUCCGACAAUGCAUUCUUCUGAUGACUCGGAUUCCAGCGGCGGAAAAAAUGUACGGCCGCGUCACCUGAAGCGACGUCAUUCUACAUCCGGACCAUUGCAAUUGGCUAAAGACCUCAUUCGCCGUGGCAGCCGCAACUACUUCCGACAAACGUCUGAGAUGCGCGAUAAGCUUCCACGACCACCCCAAGAAUUCUUCGAGCCGAACGAUUUACCAGAGAUCCCGCAAAAUCUCCAGCCAGAACUUUUCUACAUUCUUCAUAAUCUGAAGAUGUUGGAGCUGCCAGUUGAGUGGAAACUAGAUCCACGCGAUAUUGAUGUACGUAGUUUUGCUAAGGGAGAUAUGGUUGUGAGACCUGGAGAGCCUGACGACAGUAUUUAUGUGCCUGUGUAUGGAACUUUGGCUGUUUACAUUGCGCACAAAGAAGGGAAGGAUUAUCUUGUGAAGAAAAUACCACCAGGGAGCAGCUUCUUUUCCAUGCUUUCGAUGCUUGACGUGUUGAUGAAUACCACCUCCAUCUUCAGAACUGUGUCGCUUAAAGCAGCAGAACCAUGUACAGUGGCAAAAUUUCCUAUAAGAAGUUUCCGCGAAUCAUACAACAAAUACCCUGAAGCAUGGAUGAGGCCGAUCCAAAUCGUAAUCACCAGACUGCUUCACGUGACUAUGACCACAUUGCAUCAGUAUAUGGGUUUAAGUGCAGAGUUAAUGAAGAGGCGACGCGAUGUUGCGUUAGAAGAGCGCGGCAGGCAUACUAGUGGACCAGUGCGAACUGCUCCAGCUGCAUUGCCACUAGCACAAAAGAAAUUGAAAGAGGUGCGGUUGAGUAGCUCGGACGAUGGCAUCGACCAAGUUGUUGUUGCUCGACGAUGGUUUGCUGACGCACUUGGAUUGUUGGGACCAGAUGGAGCAUCAAUAAUUGAAGAGAAAGGGGAUGUGCUUGUGCGUUCAUACGAGGAAGGAGAAACUCUGGUCGAACAGGGUUCAGAAGAAGAACAGCUCAUUCUUGUUCUUUCCGGAUCUCUGCGAUUGCUACAGGAGGAACGUCAAGAGGAUGACGACAACACAAUUGCUCGAGUACUUCCUCGUGAAAUGGUCGGAGGACUACAGAUUCUCACCAAUGAGCCUUCGUUCUAUGCUGUACAUGCGGCAAGUAAAGCUACCGUGGCAAUUAUCGGCAAGGCCGGAUUCAGUCGCUUACUGGAAGUUCGUCCUCACAUUUAUUUGCCUGUGGCUUACUCUGUACUCCGUCGACUUUCACCAUUCCUAAGAGGCGUCGACUUUGCUCUUGAUUGGGUACUCGUGGACUCUGGACAGUCUGUGUAUAGAGAAGGCGAUGCUGCGGAUUCAAUGUUUGUGAUGUUGAGCGGUCGAUUGCGUUCUGUGGAGAAAAAGACAUUAGUGGAAGAGUUCGGCAGAGGAGAUGUUCUCGGCAUGAUGGAGUUGCUCCAGAAGAAACCGCGUUCCACUACCGUACUUGCUGUAAGAUUCUCACAACUGGCGCGAAUUCCAGAAGGAUUGCUGAAUUUCAUCAAAUUGCAAUACCCUCAAGUUGGUUUCCGACUUGUACAACUGCUUGGACAAUACUACAGUAGUAUACAUCGUCGAAUUCCUCACAUGCCAGCAACGUCCCUCGAAGGAGUCAGUGAUCCAAUGAGUCACAUUAAGAAUCUUCAUACGAUUGCUGUUGUUCCUGCUUCGACUGAGGUUCCGCUUGUCCCGUUCACAUGUGAAUUAUAUCACGCUCUCUCAUCGAAUCUAAGGGUGCUUCGACUAAGUAGCCAGAAGGUUGCGACGCAGUUAGAUAGCAACGUUCUAGAGAAGCAAGCAGACUUCCGUUUGAUGCACUGGCUAAAUGUUCAAGAGGACACCUAUCCACUUGUCAUCUACGAAUGCGACUACACUGCGACAAAUUGGACACGGAGAUGUCUACGACAAGCAGAUGCAAUUCUUGUUGUUGCAAUGGGCAACAAAAAGCCGCAUAGUCAGACUUUGAUGAGAGAACUACUCAGCACGAAUCAAGACGGUGCACGAACGAAUAAAGAACUCGUACUUCUAUGGCCAGAAAACACAUCAUCACCUUCCGGAACUCAUGAGUGGCUCAAAAACACCUACUAUACAGGUCAUCAUCAUAUCCGCGCACCUAAACGCAUGUUCCAGUGGUCCACAAAGAAGAAACGCAAGGUUUCCAGGGAAAUAAUUCAUUCUGUGACUGAACGAGAGGUCGUAGAAUUCUAUGAGAAGAAUGUGUUCUGGACGGUAGAUUUCCGAUCAGAUUUUGCAAGAAUCGCCCGAAUACUCACUGGAAAUGCUAUUGGAUUGGCGUUGGGUGGUGGUGGAGCAAGAGGUGCAGCCCACGUUGGAAUCCUACGAGCGCUUAGGGAAAGAGGUGUUUACGCAGCUACACCCGACGAAAGGGUAGAAGAACGUACUAGUAAAUGGUUUGACGGAAUGACAAGUCUCUGGCGCAGAGUGCUGGAUCUGACAUACGCUCAUUCAGCCAUGUUCACUGGCGCUCAGUUAAAUAAGUCGCUGCAGGAUAUGUUUCGUGAUGAGGAAAUCGAAGACCUAUGGAUACCGUAUUUCUGCAUCAGCACAGAUAUCACGACCUCCGAGAUGCGAGUGCACCGCAGUGGGCCCUUGUGGGCGUACUGUAGGGCUUCAAUGUCAUUAGCGGGUUAUCUUCCACCAAUGUGUGAUCCCCAGGAUGGUCACCUACUUCUGGAUGGUGGAUAUGUCAAUAAUCUCCCUGCUGAUGUGAUGAGGUCAAUGGGUGCAAAAUGUGUAAUUGCGGUUGAUGUCGGUGCAUCAGAAGAGACGAAUCUGUACAACUAUGGUGACUGUCUUAGCGGGACGUGGGUGUUACUGAAGCGACUGAAUCCUUGGGCUGAGCCUGUACGGAUUUUGAAUAUGGAGGAGAUACAAACUCGACUAGCCUACGUUUCAUGUGUCCGACAACUGGAAAUCGUUAAAAAAGCUCCUUACUGUAGCUAUUUCCGACCAGCCAUUGAACCUUUCAAAACACUGGAAUUUAACAAAUUCGAGGAGAUUUUGACUAUCGGUUAUGAAUACGGGAAGACUAAAAUAGAAGAACUUAUGGAAUCGACAGCUUUCAGUAAUUUAUUAGUGGAUGAUAACCAACAAAGUCGUCUAUAUCGUCAACCAAGUAGAACCACAAAGCGUCCAAAUUUGGAACGUUCCACGUCAUUCACUGAUCUAGCAGCAGCGCUUUCGAAAAUCCCUACGGUUCGACCGCUCUUGCGGCAUUCGCUAAGCGCCUACGAUCAAGCAGACGAUGUAUUCGAUGAUAUCGACUUUUGGGAUCAGUCGGAUGCCGAUAACGAACUCUCACAGUCAGAUUUCAACGAUACGUCGGAAGCAUCAGAACCCGAGGCCGAUCUUGUUAGUCGAUUUUCUACAAGCACACCAAGACCAUAA